CAAGCAGCUCUUGGGAGGUCAACUUUGCUGCCUACAGAUUACGAUGACCCGAUAACACAUGGCUUUGGAUCCGACGAGCGGCUAUGCUGCUGCUGGCGGCACGCAAGACGAUGCGCUGCCCAUCUUCGAGGUGCAGCGCGUGCAGAUGAAGUUCGACAUCUCCGCCGAUUUCGUGGCCGCCCAAGUCGCCAACAACGUGCUCGUGCUCGCCUUGUCUACAGGACGACUACUGCGAUUCGACCUGGACAACGCCGCCGAUAUCGACGACAUCGACUUGCCGAAACGUCCAGCUGAAAUCGGUGUCAUUCGAAAGCUGUUCAUCGAUCCAUCUGCGUCGCAUCUGCUCAUCUCCACUACGCUUGGGGAGAACUACUACCUACAUGUGCAGUCACGGCAACCGAAGCCACUAAACAAGCUCAAAGGCGUGCAGAUUGAAAGCGUGGCCUGGAACUCGUCUCUGCCGACGUCGUCUACGAGAGAGAUCCUGCUGGGCACGACAGACGGGAACAUCUACGAGACAUACAUCGAGCCCAGUACCGAAUUCUACAGGAGCUCGGAGAAGUAUCUUCGCAAUGUCUACAAUCCCCAAGAUGGAGCUGUGGUGGGCCUAUACGCAGAUGUGGUGGUGCAAAAGCCGGAAACGCGGAGAGUGCUGGUAGCGACACAACACAAGCUGCAGCACUUUGUAGGCAGAACCGGAGGACGUGGUUAUGAGUCGGGUGGCUCCAUAUAUGCAAAGCUGUUCGAGAGCGAGACGCCGAACGAACAUGCGAUUGGACAUGCAGGAGGGCAAGCACCUUCUUGCCUGGCCACCUCCCCCGACUCUCCAGAUGGCCUUCACGCCAGCUUUGAAGGGCAUGACGCGGAGCGGGCAUAUGCUUGGCUGAAUUCACAAGGAAUUUAUCAUGGCAAUCUCAUUACGGAAGUGCCUGACCUCGUCACGCUUGGCAAGCAAGUCUUUCGCGAGUCGAAGAUGUUCCCUCAAUCCAAGCUACCACCCGUGCAAGCAGCAAGUGGGCGUAACCGAGCCACGCAACCCAACAUCGCUUCUAUGAUUCUCACUCAAUUCCAUAUGAUCGCACUAGUUGAAGGACGACUGACUGGCAUCAAUCGUUUAGACGAAUCGAUCGUGUAUAACCAGCAAAUCCUGGAGACUGGACAGAACAGCCUAGGCUUGUUCGCCGAUCAUCAAAAGAACACUUACUGGCUCUUUACGCCUCAAGAGAUAUUCGAGAUCGUGGUGAAUGAUGAAUCACGCGAUGUCUGGAAGAUCAUGCUGCAACAAGGACAGUACGAGACAGCACAGCGAUAUGCCAAAACACCAGAACAGAAGGACGUUGUCGCCACGAUGACCGGCGAUCACCUCAUUUCACAAGGCAAAUUUGCGGAGGCUGCCACCAUCCUUGGAAAGAGCACAAAGGCAUUCGAAGACGUCGCACUCAGUUUCAUCGACAAAGGCGAGCACGAUGCUCUGCGCAAGUACCUGCUGGUCAAACUUGGCUCGCUUAAGCGAAGCAAUACUAUGCAGCGUACCAUGCUGGCUAGUUGGAUGGUGGAGCUGUUCAUGACCAAGCUCAACCAGCUAGACGAUGCAAUUUCCACCAAGGCCGAUCUCACGGCAAGUGGUACCACAGCGAGCGACACAGAAAGACAAUUACCUGCUGUUCGCAAGGAGUUCCAGGACUUCGUAUCGAAGUACAAGGCGGACCUUGAUCGCAAGACCACCUAUGAGAUCAUCAGUGCACAUGGCCGAGAAGAGGAAUUACUCUUUUUCGCAAAUGUGGUAGAGGACUACAACUAUGUCCUGUCGUACUGGGUGAACAGAGAGCGGUGGCACGAAGCGAUGACUGUUCUGACCAAGCAAACGGACCCGGACAUGUUUUAUCGCUAUAGCACUGUGCUUAUGUCGCACGUCGCUAGCGACUUAAUCCAAGUACUCAUGCGCCAAACGGCCCUGGACACGAAGAAAAUCAUUCCCGCUCUGCUCAACUACAACAAAGUGCACGGUGGCAAUGUGUCACUCAAUCAGAAUCAAGCAGUACGUUACUUGCAGUUCUGCAUCAACCACACGCACUCCACGGAACCAGCUGUUCACAAUACGCUAAUAUCGAUUUAUGCGGCGCAUCCUACACAAGAUGAGACCGCAUUACUUCAAUACCUUCAAGCACAAUCACAGAAUAACGACCAGUUCUACGAUGCCGACUUCGCUCUGCGACUAUGUAUUACUCACAAACGUGUGCGGUCAGCGGUACACGUGUACACGACUAUGCGGCAGUACGCAUCCGCCGUGGAUCUUGCACUCAAACAUGACCAAGUCGAGCUUGCAGCUGAUGUUGCCGAUCGUCCUGACAAUGAUGCCGCGCUACGGAAGAAGUUAUGGUUGCGAGUUGCAAAGAAAGUCAUAGGACAGACAAAAAGCAUCAAAUCUGCGAUCGAAUUCUUGAAGCGUUGCGAGCUCCUGCGUAUCGAGGAUCUCAUUCCAUUCUUUCCAGAUUUCGUCAUCAUUGACGACUUCAAAGAGGAGAUUUGCGCUGCUCUGGAAGAGUAUUCUCGCACCAUCGAUGCUCUCAAGCAGGAAAUGGACGAGUCAGCGAGUACGGCACAAAAUAUCAAACAGGAUAUCGCAGCACUUGAUCAGAGAUACGCGAUAGUCGAGCCCGGCGAAAGGUGCUGGGAGUGUCGGCUUCCGCUGCUCAUGCGACAAUUCUUCGUUUUUCCUUGCCAGCAUGCGUUCCAUGCGGACUGUCUCGGCGAGAAAGUCAUGAAGAUGGCUGGUAUGGGGAGAGGUAAGAGGAUCAGAGAACUGCAGAAGGAGAUCGGAAGAGGUGUUGCGUUGGGUAAGAGGAGAGAGGGAAUGGUAAGAGAGUUGGACGGGCUUGUUGCGGGAAGCUGUAUCUUAUGCAGCGAUCUGGCUGUCAAGCAGGUCGACGAGCCAUUCAUAACUGCUGCAGAUGAUCCCAAAGACUGGGCGAUAUGACCGGGGCCGAAAACCUGCUAUCGGUCGCUACGAUUUAGUCCUCUAUGAUACCCCAAAAUACAAGUCCUGCCACGAUGUACAGACACUAGGAGCUUUCGUGUUGAUAGCACAUCCUGGGACUCUCAUCUUGUUCUGCGAAAAGCUGAAACGUAAAGACGUGGCAGAGGCAGAACAUUUACUUACCCGCCAUUGAAUAUUGAUUGUCGACAAAUCAAAGCAAGCUUACGUCACA